AUGUCCCGGAUCCUUCGACGCGUUUUAAUACGGAACCUCUACUUAAGACACGCUCCCCCCGAGGAGCCCGUCGAUAGGAUGGACUGGGAGGAAACACCCCCAGAAGAUCCCCCUCAAGAUCCCCCUCAAGAUCCCACGCCGUCUCAGCAACACGCAUCUGAAGCUAGCCACCAGCAACCGCAACCUGGGUUAGGUGAAGCCGAAGCGUCAAUCUACAAUAUGGUGCAAGAAACCAACACGCAAGUCUCCCCUAUUUCGCAUCCGAAUCCCGGAUUAGAACCUCCUCAAAUAAACCCUCAACCAAGAGCUACUGAGGCUCCAAUGCCUGCUCCUCAACCCCUUCCCAGCGGGUCUCGAUUCUAUGAUCAAAAUUACCAUCUAGCCAUUCUUCGUGCUCAAGCUGCUACACGGAUGAAUUUUACUCAAGAGCUAGCGUCUAGACGUCCUUCUGGCAGGUUAGGACCACUAGCGCCAAUUUCGAAUCGCCAAGCUUAUAUGCGUGACGCUGUGCAACCAUCAGAAUUAUGGUACCGUCUGAGGCAUGAUGAAAAUCUUGCAAUGCAACGACAAUUGGAUGAACUUAGAAAUCAAUCCACUGUGCGAAGAGGACGUGCUCCAUAUCCGUAUACCCCGCGAUCAUUUGAUUUUCAGUCGACUAGCCCGAAUUCACGCAAGCGGCGCAUUGAGGCUGUUGAUGGCUACUCGCAAAAUGAGAAUAGGACUGCACGUGAUGUUGACGUCCACAGCCCACAUAAUGCCAUGCCCGAGUCACCCAUUGACACAUCGAUGGUGGAUGCCCCUCCAUAUGAGAGCUCCCCACUUCAAGCGUCUCCAAGUAAUCUUUCAUACCUACAAAAAGUAGAGCAAAUAAUUUCUAAUGCCUACUUCCCGGUCUUAAAAGCAAUGCGGUUCGCUAUACAAAAAGUGGGCAACAAAGCCGUACGGACAUAUCGAGAAUUCGUUCAAGCGGCAGUUGAGGUCACGGGAAGUGCAAAAAGACGGGCGGUGGCUAUUCGUGACAAGCUGACCCCUGAAUUCAUUCGACGCAAAAUGAAUCACCAACACCAGGCGGUGAAAACCCUUCGCCGCCUAAACCCUAGUGAGCGCCAUAUCCUGAAAGCUCGGAGGCUGGGUAUGGGCAAGAAAAAACAAGACUCUUCAUCUCUACAAGUUACACUCGAUGAAUAUGAAGAUAUCACACCCCCUCGCCCACCUCGUGAUAUGCCACCCUCGGUGAUGAUUAAUUCCUAUAGACUUCCUAAAGAAAAAGUUCCUACCAAAACAUUAUGCACUGCCCAAAAAGAUCGUGUUGUGAAAGGUGCAAGGGUACAGAAGGGAAAGCUUCAUGACAAAGCCAAAUUGAAAGCCAAGACACCCUCUCAGAAGCUCACUCAACUUACUCAAAAGGGUGUUAACAAAGUUGCCAUGCCACGCGCUCCAAGGCGUGGAGAAUUAAUUAAGGGAGCUUGGCCAAAUGCCAUACCACCAAAUGAAGCUGUUCUACGGGCGUAUCAUGAAUCUUUUCGGGAAUUGAGGAAUAAACCUAUGGAAGCAGUAUCAGAGACAGCAAAACCUUCAGGACCCCCAAAAGGAUAUCACGGAGUAUAUUUUCCAGGGGAAGAAAAUCAGCCCCCUCUUCCUCCACUUCCUUCGACUUCUGUUCCUCCAUCCAGCCCACCCUCUCCCCCUUCGCAGAAUCUAGCUGGAGAACCCACUUCUCAACCCGAAGCAUCUGUUGAGACUGAAGAGCCUGGGCCACCUAAAGAAGCACUCCGUCCUUCCUCUCCUGAAUAUGAAGGGUUUCUGACCAGGCCGCCACGACCGCGACGCGAAGCCAAAGAAGUCCACUGGCUCCAGUCUGAAUCCCCAAUGGGACGGCCAAUUUCUUCAAUGCGGGCCUACGAUCCUCUAUCUCGUGUCACCUCAUUUCAACCACACGAACCUGCCAAAGCAGAAGCAUCAGGUCGCCAAGCUACGAAGUCAAUCAACGAGGAAACAUCGACAGAUAUGUCGGUCCAGCGCAGCCAAGCCCUUCUACGAUCUCCAGAAACCCCUUCCAUCAAGCAUCUGACAGCCUCCUGGGAAGCUAAAGUCGACCGCGCGAUGGCACUUUCCGACAAGAGUGAGGUUGGUAUCACACCUCGUGGCCAGCCCCUCCUUCGGAGGUCCCUGAACAAAUGUUACACGAAUCUCGAGUGGCUCAAUGACGAGGUAAUCAACGCAUACCUGGAGCUGAUCGUCGACUAUGCACGUCAGGAAGCAGGGAAUUCUGGGCGACACGACAAGCCCAAAUAUCACGCCUUCCCAUCAUUCUUCUUCUCAAACCUUCGGGACAAAGGUUACGAGAGCGUAAGGCGUUGGGCGACUCGUGCCAAGAUCGGGGGCGAGGCGUUGUUGCAGGUGGAAACAGUUUUAAUUCCCGUCCACGACCACCUGCACUGGACCCUCAUUGUAGUCCGGCCGACUGCUCGCACGAUCGAGCACUUCGAUUCCAUGGGGUCACCCUCCUUGGCCCACAUUUCCAGGGCCAAGGAGUGGUUAAGGGGGGAGUUGGGCGACCUCUUCGUGGAAGAGGAGUGGCGGGUGCUCCCGUCGACCUCCCCACAGCAAACUAACGGCAGCGACUGCGGGGUAUUCCUCCUGACGAACGCCAAACUGGUGUCGUUGGGCAAGCCUCUGAGAUAUGGGGCGAGGGAUAUUCCCGAGAUCCGUAAAAGGAUCGUUGCCGAGCUGAUGAAUGGGGGGUUCUUCGGGGAUUUCGACCCGAAGAAGGAUGAGACGGGUCCCGUUAGGUCGAUGCUGUGA